AUGAUAGACAUUAAUGUGGACGGAGCUACAUUGCAAAUGCUAAUCGACUCUGGCGCUACCUGCAACAUCGUAAACUCCGAUAUAUGGAGCGCCAUCCGCGCUAACAACGAGAAUAUGUCCCUAUCGAGAAAUACCAAAAGAUUGUUUUCUUACGGAUCAAAGGAACCACUACAAAUACUAGGAACUUUUCAGACAGUUGCAAAGUAUGGGUUACGUGAAACAUCUGCAGAAUUUGCUGUCGUUAAAGGUGAUUAUAUUUCCUUACUAGGGAAGGAUACAGCAGUCGAGCUAGGAGUUCUACGUAUUGGAGUCGAGGGGUCAGACCUUUGUUCUGUUAUAAGCGAAAUAGAUAAGAUCGUUGCCUCAAGGAAUACUGUUUUCGAUGGAGUAGGGAAGCUUAAAAAUGUUCAGCUUAGAAUUCAUGUUGACAAAACCGUGACUCCAGUAGCACAACCGCUACGACGCUUACCAUUUAAUGUAAGAAAAAGCGUGAACAAGAAGCUUGAAGAGCUGGAGAAGAUGGACAUAAUUGAGAAGGUAAACAACCCCACGGCUUGGGUAUCACCACUUGUCGUUGUGCCAAAGAAAAACGGGAAGAUUCGAAUUUGUGUCGAUAUGAGACGGGCCAAUACUGCAGUUCAACGUGAACGAUACCCGAUCCCGACGGUGGACGAAAUGCUGGAAGACAUGAAUGGCAGCAAGGUGUUCUCCAAGCUUGAUUUAAGUUGGGGAUACCACCAGAUAGAGCUGGACGAGGAAUCAAGGGAGAUAACUACGUUUGUGACACACGAGGGCCUCUAUCGCUAUAAGCGCCUCAUGUUUGGAAUUUCCUCAGCAUCCGAAAUCUACCAAAGGGUGAUAGGGCAAGUCAUUCAAGGAAUUGAAGGAGUCCGAAAUUUGUCUGAUGACAUAAUUGUUUACGGAACAGACGAGGUGGACCAUAACAGGAAGCUUACAAAAGUGCUUGACAGAUUGGCAGAGAAGGGACUGACUCUAAAUAGAGAAAAGUGCAAAUUCGGUCUGUCGAAAAUUGUAUUCCUCGGACACGUGAUUUCGUCAGAAGGAAUCCGGUCUGACCAAGAAAAGGUCCAAGCAGUAUCAGAGACCAGGACGCCGACGAAUAGUUCUGAAAUAAGGAGUUUUCUUGGACUAGCUAAUUACUGCGGGCGUUUCAUACCGAAUUUUUCGACGAUUGCAGCCCCACUACGCGAGCUAACAAGGAAGAGCACGCACUGGAGGUGGACGCAAAAACACCAGGAUGCGUUUGACAUGCUUAAAAAAGCCCUUGUAAGUGCUGAAGCACUAGCAUACUACAACCCAAAAGCCGAGACGAGGAUAAUAGUGGAUGCAAGUCCCGUAGGACUGGGAGCCAUACUAGCACAGAAACAACCAGACGGAUUGUUUAAACCAAUUGCAUAUUCAAGUCGAUCUCUAACCGAUGUAGAGCAGAGAUACUCACAGACUGAGCGCGAAGCGCUGGGUGUAGUGUUCGGUUGUGAAAAGUUCCACAUGUACAUAUACGGACUAGAGUUCGAAAUCUGGACUGAUCAUAAGCCCCUGACCUACAUUUACUCUCCAAAGUCAAAACCACCAGCCAGGAUCGAGCGAUGGAUUUUGCGACUACAGCCUUAUAAGUAUAAGAUCGUCUACAUACCUGGACCAAAGAAUGCUGCUGAUGCUCUAUCGAGAUUGAGCCGAAAUCGGGUUGGCCGAAUACGCCACAUUGCAGGGGAGUACGCGUAUUUCAUCGCAGAAAAUGCUGUACCAAAAGCACUGACCAUCCAAGAAGUUCGUCAGAAAACAUCGGAGGACCCAGAACUCGCGGAGAUUAUGAGGAAGGUCAAGACGGGGGACGGCCGUCUGAGUCCAAAAUUUCGUACCGUGGAGGCGGAGCUUUCAGUCGUUGACGGAAUAGUAUUACGUGGAUCGCGCAUCAUAUUGCCCAAGUGCCUCAGGAGGCAAACAGUAUCCCUGGCCCACGAAGGACACCAGGGUAUUGUCCGGACGAAACAGAGACUAAGAGAGAAGGUAUGGUGGCCAGGUAUCGAUAUAGAAGCCGAGCGAUUUGUCAGAGCGUGUCAUCAAUGCCAACUUUUAACAAACAGCAAUAGACCCGAACCAGUUCGAACAACUGUUUUACCUGACGGGCCAUGGCAGGAUCUGGCUAUAGACCUUAUGGGACCGUUUCCCUCUGGGGAAUACCUAUUAGUCGUUAUAGACUAUUUCUCCCGAUUCCAGGAAGUAGCCAUAAUGAAGAAGAUAACUAGUGAGAGGAUCAUUUUCCAACUUGAAAGUAUGCGGAGUGAUAAUGGACCACAGUUUGUGUCGGAGGAGUUUAAGGGAUACCUGGAUUUAAAUGGUAUCAAACACAUUCGGACCACACCAUACUGGCCGCAAAGGAAUGGGGAAGUAGAAAGGCAAAACCGAACAUUACUAAAAGCUAUAAAGGCGGCAAACGCGGAACGUAAAGAUUGGAGACGAGAAUUACCAAAGUUCUUACUUGCGUAUCGCACGACCCCGCAUUCUACAACUGGAAAAAGCCCUGCAGAGUUGUUGUAUAACCGGAAAAUCCAUACCAAGUUACCAGAGAUGAGUAAAAGGAUCGAUCACCAAGAAUUACGAGAAACAGAUGCGAGACAGAAAUUAAAAUUCAAAAGAAGGGCGGACGAGAGGCGUGGCGCCGUAGAGUCCAAAGUUGAAAUUGGCGACACAGUUGUACAACGUCAGCCUAAGCGCGAUAAGCUGUCAACCGAGUUCGCGCCUGAAAAGUUUGUCGUGAGGGAGAAAUGCAGGAAUGCAGUGACACUCGAAGAUGAAAAUGGAUCAUCAGUAAAGCGAAACUGCACAGCUGUAAAGAAAUUCAUAUCGAACCGCGAAAAUGAAACAGAAUCGCGUGACCCGGAAAUUAGCGCAGAAGAAUCCGGAGAUGAAUCUGAUAAAGACCGUUCUGUCACAGAUACCGGAAGACCAUCCCGGGAACACAAGCCACCUGCGUAUCUAAGAGACUAUGUGACCACUUGA